GCCAUCAUCUACUCGAGCCACAGAGAGGCUUCACAAGUUUAAUAUCUGCGGCAGGGGUAUAUUUUUGGGGCACUGUUGUGAACGUCGAAUUCCGAGUAAAAAAAAUGCUGGGAACGGAAAUCAUACGGCAAGAGGAUGUUCUCACAUUCAACCCUUGUGGACUUUCAGUAACGAAACGACACGGACUUCAUGAAAAAGGAUUAGGACGAGGAGUAGGAGGAGCAGGCGGAGGAGGAGUUGGUGGCGGUGGGGGUGGUAAUGGCCUUGAUGGCCACCGGCGGAUACUUCCCGGAGAAGAUUCGAGCACAAGCGUGGCUGGGUGCUACAUUGACAGCUGGCAGAAGAUCGGAGCUCUAGAAGCGCAACAGAGUAGUGGAGUUGGAGGGAGGAUGGGGAAAUGGAUAUGGCGGAAGAGGAAAGGUAUGGGUGGCUUCUGCAGCUGUUUGCAAGCGGAGAAAGAUGGCGAUUUGGAUAUUGCAGCUGAGUGCUAUGCCAACGAGUACAUGCGGUCGCAGAGUAGCAGGAGAAAGUCCAGAUCAGCAGAGCAGGCCUUCUCACUGGUUCACUUACUGGGCAUUGGAUGUAAAUGGUGGGAGGCUUUUGCCAAAAGUAUUGAGGUUGAAAAGGACAUGAAGGCUAUGGCUGCUGCUGCAGCUCCUCAGGCUGAUAAGCAAAUAGCAAUGACAUCUCUGCAGUUUCUGAAUCCCAUGUGGCAGCCGUCUGGGCCGUUGGAUCAAGAUGCUCGUCGUCUUCUCGAGGCCAGGAAGGGGCCACGCAGUCAGCUUGAUGUCAGAGCUGUUACCCUGUCUGGCAAGCAUGCCUUAGCAGGUCUCAGUGAUUCUGAGAGGAGAGCGAGGGAGGUUUCCUUGAAGGCCAAGCAGCUAGGGGACAAAGUGCAACGGCAAGGACUACGCCUGAGGAGUCCUAUCAUGGGUCCAUUAUCGUCCGCGGAGGACAGUUUGAGCCCCCCUUUGGGCCAUAAAACUGCCUCCAAGCAGCCGAUGCGUGUUGGGCGACCGGGGUCUCGGCAGUUGGUCAGGGUCCAGGUGCAGGCUCCAAACGAGAUCGAGAGACAAGAACAGGUUCAGUCUGAUCACGUCAGAGGGUUGAGGCACAAAGGUCAAGAAUCGCCGCCUGAGGGAAUCGGAUCUGAUGGAUUCAUCGUCUCCUCAAGCAGCACCUUUCACCGGGAGGUGAUGGGUCAGAUGCCAUCAAGCGCUGGUAGGCGAGGAGCAGCAGAACACUCAGGGGCAACUUCAAGACAUUUGGAUAUGGCUGUGGAGAACUUGGAAAAGGUGGGGAGGAGUUUGGACAAGGAUGGCAAGAGUCUGGAUGAGCAUCCCCAUAGUGGACUCAUUGGUGCCCCUCGUCGAUCCGAAGUGUCCAUGCGGAUACAUGGGAAGCGUUUUGAUAAUAUGGAAGGGAGUUUCGAUAAGGUGAGUGAAAGUUUGAAAGUGGCUAUGGGGCUUGGAGAGGCUGGCACUUCUCCGAGUCCUUCUGACGGAUCAGUAGAAAGUUCAAUGGCAUUGCUACAAAGGCAUAUGCUACCGAGCGCUACUCAGCAAGGUCUCGGUUCCGCGAAGGGCAGAGAGCUCGGCAGGAGACACGAUCGACACGGUACCAGUACCAGUAGUGACCAGCGUUCCCGAGGAGGAUCGUCGUCGUCACCGAUAACGUUGCGAACAAGGCCACGAGAGGAUCCGAGGCGUCGGGUAGGAACGGUCGAUUCUUGGGUGAGAGAAAGUCCCUACUGGUUGUGGAUGCGUCUGCUUAUCGAAGAUUGGCCUGAUUUGGGAGAAGCGUGUCUGGAGAAACACUGGGGUAAUCUGAAAGAUCUUAAACUGGAAGACAAGGCCUUUCUCGGCACAUGGGAGAAAGAGGCAGCAAGAACCUUUCCAAGCACAGAGGUUGCAGCUGUGGUGAGAUGGAAACAUGUGGCAGCGUAUUCCGACAGAGGAGAUUUCCGGGCGGCCAUCAAGCACGCCUGUAAGAUAGUGAGGGAAGCUCCCUUCUCCUCAGUGGCACCUACUGCUGCAUACUGGGCAGGCAAGUGGUCAGAGGAGCUCGGAUACAUGCGAGAUGCGCGUUCAUGCUAUCGAGCAGCCAUAGCCAGUUCGCCAUCAUCGUACUACGCGUGGAGGGCCGCCUCGCGUCUAAAAAUAGCAUCAGCUGGAAACUUUCUCAAUGCAGCAAUUGCCGAGCAGGUGCAGACUCACAAACUGAGCUUCCGUGCCAUGCUGCAAAAGUUUCGAAAUAGUUGUAAUUCCAAAAUCCAAGUUUUUGGCUCCCAAAAGGGAGGUGCUGUGGACAUGAAAAAGGCGGACUCCUCAAGUCCCGAAGGCACCUUGACCCAAACGCCCUCAGGGACCGUCGACAGCAGUGCCACGGAAUGCCCGAGGAGAAGGCAGAGAGAGUGCCAGCGCCAGAUUACCACCCGCUUUUUUCCGCUGAAUCUUCCAUCCUUCUUCAUCCCAUCAUCAUUCUCGUCAUCAUCAUCGUCAUCGUCAUCGUCAUCAUCAUCGCCAUUGUCAUCGUCGUCAUCAGGAGGGUCCUUUCUUCGUCGAUGGAGGAGAUUUCAUCACCGACCCUUCCGGCCAUCAGCACUUCUUCCUGCGGCUCCUCUUCGAGUGCAAUUGCAUCUUCCAUCGGGUAACUUCAAGGUUUGUUUUCACUUUUGAGUCUUUUCCUUUUUUCCCCCCCCCUUCUCUUCUUAAUUCUGUAUUACAUUCAGCUCCAGCCUUUGUGGAGCUCCUCCUUUUUUUCCCCUCGUGCUCUCAAUUUGUGUAUCUUCUUCUUCUUCUUCUUCUUCUUCUUCUUCUUCUUCUUCUUCUUCUUCUGUGUGCAGGUCACUGCGGGGUCCAUGCUAAUCCUCUCUGCGGCUUUCCAUUUUUCGUGGAUAUAUUCCGAAGGACAGUCUCCAUUGAGGUUGCCGAAGUGGACUAGAGAUUCUCUGUUGUUGUUUCUUUUUUUAGACUGUUCACUCAUCGUAUCCUGGCGAAGAAAUCAUCAGAAAUGUUAAAUAGUAAACAGUACUAAACACUGAUAAAUAGUAUUUAAAUAC